UCUUAUUUUGCACGCCUUGGUUUCGACGCUUCUCUCGUGCGUUGCCUCUCGAUUCUCACCUCUUUAGGGUUUUCCUAACCUCACCUCUUCGCUCUCCUUUCUGGCUCUACGAUAUUUGUUCUUGCUCUUCCUUACGAUUACGCUUCCUUCUCAGGUUUGAUCCACUCAGUUUGGAUGUUGGGUCGGUAUGUUAUUAGCCUUGGUGAUACUCGGGAGCAAUGGUUGGUGUGAAGGAAUGAGAGACGGGAGUUAGAGGAGCUGUGUGUGUGUGUGUGUGUGCGCUCGUGCGACUUUUGAUGAGUUCAUGACGAUGGUAUUGUUGUUUUCGUAACACGAGAAAUUUGGAACAGUUGUUGUCUUGGCGAGGAUGGUUACAGUAAGAGACAUGAGGGUGAGGAAAAGAACCUCGCGAGCAGCGAGAAGUAGAGAGUGUGGGUUUGAAGCAUAAUCAAGGGUAGGGUUGAGUAGAGUGUGCCAGGCGUUGAUGAGUAGCGUUCGCACAGGGAUACGAAUGAAUUUGUACGUGGAAUUUUGUUUCAUAGCAUGUGGUUUAGAAGAUUGGGUCGAAUAGGAAAUUUGGGUGGAGGUCGCUGCGAAGGAGCAGAUGACGGGGUGUAACGUGAAGAGGAGCAGGGGAUGUAGUGUGCUUCUUGUUACCGACAUUGUAAUGCGAUGCCCGCCCUUAUGAGGCAAAUUCCCUUCGCAUUAGGGCGAGAGAGACAGGCGCAUGGUACAAAAGAAGAUUGAAAACAGUGUGUGGUCUGAUUUGGUGCAAUUGGGAAGGUCAGUGAUAGGGGUGACACCGAUGCGGGAAUUGGGGCCGCGACCUUCCUGCACUCUGUGGAUACUGCAGGAGUGACAUUGUCCCAGAUGUUGAUGGAAGGAGGGUCGCUUCCUCCUCGAAAACGAUUGCUGGCAGGAUUGAAGCAAAAUGGGUGGUUGUCCACUUCCCCCCCACCUGCUGUGUCAUCGAGCGGGGCUGCUGAGGAUGCGGUUGGACUGGGGAAUCACGCUGAGGAGAGAGCGGAGGUGUCAGCGAGCGUGGGGUUGAAUGGGUUGAGUCAAGUAUUGAAGAAGCCAAGGGUGGUGAGGUACGCAGAUGGUUCAAGGUUUGGGAGACAAGUAAUGGGGCCGGACGCAGCGGGCGAGGAGAUGGCAGGGAGAUUGGGGGCUUCUCGGAAGAUGCCGUCGUUGGGGUUGGUGAAGUUGGAGGGAGGCUCGCCCCAAGAAGCAGCCGUGGCAGCUCGGAACGCCGCAGCAGCAGCGGCGAAGGUGGCUGCCGCAGCGAAAGCGAACGCAGCUGCAAAAGUGAGCGCGGCUGUGAAAGCAGGUGCAGCUGCGAAGGCAGCAUUGGAGGCCGUUGCAUAUGCGUGCAGAGCAGAGGCUGCGUGUGGGGCGGAGCUGCAAAGGAAGAUGAUUGCGGAGAAGGGGUCUGGAGGAGGAAAUAGAAGAAUGAGGCUGGAGAUUAAUAUGCGUUCUAAGCCUCAUCGGGACAGGAGCUGGAAGGGGGAGGGAUACGGGGGUAGGCGGUUGGUAGAUGACGUACAGUUAGCCCGGCAGCUGCAUAGAGUAGUAAACAACAGCCCGCGAGUAUCUCGAAGCACUGCUCCGUUGCGUCGGAAGGUGUCAAUGGAGCCGCAGACUCCGUUGAGUGGAGUGAGCAGCAGCAUUACCGAAGCUAUUAAGUCUAGGGCUCUUACGUGCGGUGUGGUUGGAGCGGAGGACACGCAGCUGCAUGGUAAGGGUCAAAAUCAAAAUGGGCAUGGUCAGCAGCAGGAGCAGCACGCGCAUGUGCAUGUGCAAUUCCGGCAACAGCAGACUCGACCUCGGUCGAUCACGCACAGGGAGUCGAGGCGCAUCGACAACAGGACGUCUCGGCACGAGGUGAAGAUGACAAAGGAGGGUAAGAGCGGUGUGGAUGUGGGUAUGAAUGGGGGAGAAGUUGAGGAGAUGCAGCUGGAGGGUUUGGAGGUGUUGGGUGAUGCGGGUAUGAAUGCGCUAGAUGAUUUCAUGCGACAUCAGCGGAUGGUUGAGCACGGAGGUGAAGAGGUGAGCGGGAAUGUGAAGACCGAGGCGAUAGGUGGAGUGAUGGAGUUCGACGGUGGUGGAGUUGCGGACGAGGCGAGCAUGUUUUCGGACGCAUUGGUGAAGGCAGAUGGUGCAGGGGUGGAGGGCCGAGUGGGAGGCGUAGGGGUGAACGAUGAGAGGCGGGACUAUCUCCAGAAGACAUUGGAGGCGGCGGUGCUGACGGACACAGCAGUACCGUUCAAUGAGGGCGGUCAUGUAGAGGUGUCGGAAAUAGAGACGGUUCGGGCGGAGGCGGGAGGUGCUGUGAUAAGGCAAGAUAUGGAGCAUGGGCAGCCACAGGAGGUGGUGGGGUCGUCAGGGUUGGGUGGGAUGGGAAUUGAAGCAGGAUGGGAGGGUGAAGCGCAGGUGCAGAGGGAUGUGUACGAGAGAAUGGCAUCGGAGCCGACUCUCGUGAUCGGCGGUGUCUGCGCUGUGCAGAAGCGUUUGACAGCGGCAAGGGAGGAGAGGGUCGCUGUUGAUGACGUGGAAAUGGGGGAUAUAGGUGAAGAGAUUACGGUUGGACCAUCGAGCACUAGCGAAGUUCGUUCAGAGGCACUAUCAGUGGUGCAAGACUGGUGUUCAUCUGGACCCAGGGGUUUGGCCGAAGUUGGGUUGGAGGAGUCGGAUUUGGGAGGUUGGGUGGAGUUGAGAGAAAGAGUAGGGACAAGGACAGGUGUUUCGAGUACUUGUUGCUUGGAAAGUGGAUCGUCAACGAUGGAACCGGAGGAAGAGAAGUGUGCACACGAUGAGAACGCACUAGUUGCUGUUCCACAAGCUUCAUUUGGGUAGGCUGCCCGUCAGAGUGGUUGAGUGACUGUGCGAGUAUUCGCUUUUGUGGUUUGCGGAAGUCUUUAUAUCUGGGGGUUCUGCUGAAGUUGGAUUACCAAUUUGUUCGACAUGUUCAUUCGUCAGGAAUUGAAGUUCAGUUUUAAUUUUUUUUAAUUUUUCACUUGUGGACGUCAAACACUAGUGUCUGCUUGACACUUGUAUAGAACCAGAGUGUUCUCCUUGAGAAGUGAAGCCUUUGAAUGAUGAAUAUCUGGUAAGGUUGCAAGACUGCUAUUCAGCUUUGUGGUGUACAUAAGUUCUGCAUCAGGAGUCUUAUAUGCACGGGGAGGGACGAUGGGCCAUAGUUGCUGGGCAGCAACUCUAGUUCCUUAUGUCGGCCACGACACUGCCACCCACAAUUUGUAGGUAUGAAAGGUCAUGUACAAUGGAUUUGUCACGGUUCUACGGACACAGCUCUGGGUUUACUCCAAACAUAAUUACGUAUACAAUACUUCGUUCUUUUCUCAUGAUUACCCUAACCCUUUCUAGUGCAAAGGCAAUCUAAAUCUUUUUAGCGUCUAUAGGUGAUACUAUUCACAAUAUGAUAUUUUCACAACAUCGUUAAUAUUCUUUCAAUCCUCAAUUUCACUUAAUUAUUUCUCAUAAAUGUCUGUAGAUCUGGUGUUUUAAAUUAAUUAUCUUAUAAAUAAUUUAGAUCUAUCUAGAACCAUUCUUACGGUACGUAAUUAUUACAAUAGGUUAUCGUGGUUUUAAAGGAAGCAUUUAAAUCAUUUUGAGUGAAUAUACUGUAUAGCUAUAUGUGAAAUAGUGUAUUCAGAAGCCCCGUUAAGGGUCAACUAAUUGUAGAAAAUGCAAAGUGUGCCUGGAGAAUAAAAGCAGGAAACUGAGAUGUAGUUUAUGCUUAAAUACAGAUGGAAUUAAUCAUGAGAUAGGUAUGAUAUGAGAAUUUAGUGUAAAAACUAGAAUACCGUCAUUGGGACUCUUUGGGCCAAUAAAGGCCGUCUUAUUAACCAUGUAUCAAUUUUCCCUUCGGGGAUUCCGUUGUUCAUCC